AUGCCGACCAAUGCGCCACAGGGGAAGACCAAAUGGGGCGUGGGCUCCUUUUUUCAACAGGCUGUAUCGGGCGUGGAGUCUCGUCUGGACGUCAUCCUGGCGAACGAGGAAGACGCACCCCCGAGUAACAAGGUUGCCAAGGACGGAGAAACACCUUCGCAGUCAAAUCCAAACAUUGCUGCUGCUAAACAAACCGUCGCCGUCUCCCGGAGUUCCUCCAAUUCCCGCAAAAAUGAUCGCUUACAAGAGCGCCUGGCAAGGGCCAUGGUCAAAUCCCAAAGCCCUGCGACAGUCAGCAGUCCCCGAUCCUCCGUUGAGAUUCCCUCUCGUUCGUCGACCCCUUUACCCGGAAGUGAGAAGCGUGUCAGUCUGGAUAGCACACGCAUUAGCUUGGACGAAAAUGCAUCCGGUCUACGAAUAGAAAACGAUGCCUCGCACGACACCCCGAGAAGCAGUCACGAUUCAGAUAUACGAUCCCAGGCUUCCAAGGAUUUGGCUGCCGGUGAAAACAACACGGAACAAGAAGCAAGCGAUACGCUGCUCGAACAGACAUCUGAGCCACUGAUAUCAAUAGAUGUGGUGGAGAGUGAGGCGGAUGAUACUGCCGAGCCCACUGAGACACAGAACCCGGAACUCGAAGAAUUACGAACCGAACACAAGGCCGCUGAAGCCCGAUGGCAGGAGGAAACACAUGACUACAUCGAAAAGAUUGACGCUUUACAAUCAAAGCUGAAAUAUCUAGCUAAAGAAGCUGCAGGCUCAGCUCGAGAAGCGGCCUCGGCGGCAGCACCGGGCAGUGCCGAGAAGCAACUGUCAGAAAAGGAUGAACGUAUUGCACUCUUACUUGAAGAAGGCCAGAAACUUGCAAAAACAGAGCUGGAAAAUCGGGCCAUCAUCAAGAAAUUACGACAGCAAAUCACGGAUAGCACCAAGCAAGAGAACGAUACAAAGCGGCGCACAACCAAACUCGAACGAGACCUAGCCAACGCAGAAGCUAAGACGAAACGAGCAGAGGCAUCGGAAAAAAGGGCACAGGAACUAUUGAACUCACAAUCCAAAGCUUCUAGGGAGCUUGAAAUAGUGACAUCGGAACGACAAACUUUGAGUGCCACAGUGGAUGAACUCAAGGGUCAACUUGAAAGAGCUGUUGCUCGCGCUGAGGCUGCCGAAUCCAAAGCUCAAGCUGAAGCCUUGGAGAAAUCAAACCGGCGAGUUGCCGAUUUAGAGGGUGAUUUAUCAAGUGCAAAGAUUGAAAAGGAGCUGAGCGAGGAAAAACUAAAGAGAGAAAUCCGAGGCCUCAAAGAUAGUCUAGAAAGAGAGAAAGAAAGCGCCCGUGUUUUGGAAGCUGAACUGAAAGGGGAACAAUCUGUUCUGGAAAGUAAAAUGGAAAGCUUGCGCUCACGAGCUGAAGAGGCUUCCUCAAGUGCCGCGGGCGACGCGCAGGCGAAAUUGCUUCGCCAAAUAGAGACACUACAGACACAGUAUGCCGUUGCCAGUGAGAAUUGGCAAGGGAUUGAGAGUUCCCUGCUGUCCAGGCUGACCGGGGUCGAGAGAGAGCGGGAUGAAAUCGCCCGCAAGGAGGCGGAUCUACGGCGAAAGGCCCGAGAAGUGAAUAUAAAAGCCAAGAAGGCAGACGAAGAGCUCGAAACUGCCAGGGAAACCAUCGAAGAGCUAGAGCGUACUCUACAGGAAACGCGACAACAAGUGCAGAAACUACGAGAAAGAGUGCAAAAGUCAGAGGAGGAAUUCGAUUCACUUCGAAAAGAUGCAACAGCCAAAGAAAAAUCCAUCGAGGCAAAUUGGUCACAGAAACUGGAAGAAGAACGAUCUAGAUGGCGAGACCAGAUCGCAUCUCCACCACCUUUCCUUCAAGAGCCCCGAACAGCGUCGCCUGUGGCUUCCAGUCGUAGAUCAACAGGUCUAUCCGGCGGUCUUGACCCUCUCGUCACUGAAAGUCGCCCAUUGAGCCGUCGUUCCUCCACCCUUCCAGCUCAUGCGGACAUUCUAACCCCAACGCGGACGAAUUCGUUCCCAUCAUUCCAAGGAAUUGGUUCUCCGCACGUAACAAAUGGCCCUCCCAAUCCCAACUUAUUGGGUGCCCCGCCAAUCCAUGCUCUGGAGCCAGAUGAAUACUACAGUGGUUCUCCACUCACUCCAUCAGCUUACGGAGCCCAGACAAACGUUUCUCGUGGAAACGGAAUAAAUGAAAUUAUAUCCGUUUCAACUGUUGGAGCUGGACCCUCAGUACAAUUAGUUGAACGUAUGAGUGCAACAGUCCGGCGUCUUGAGAGCGAGCGGGCAGCCACCAAGGAUGAAUUAGAACGCAUUACAUCUCAACGUGACGACGCCAGACAGGAGGUUGUUGAACUCAUACGUGAGAUAGAGGAGAAGCGCAAGGGAGACGGGCGUAUCGAAGAGUUGGAGGCGCAGGUCACUCAACUAGAUGAGCGUUAUGAAACCACUCUCGAACUCCUCGGUGAGAAGAGCGAACAGGUGGAAGAGCUUCAGGCAGAUAUCGCCGAUCUCAAGAAGAUAUAUCGCGAGUUGGUCGAUAGUACAAUGAAGUGA